AUGGAGACACACUGCCUCACACUGUGUACUUACAACGCGAAAACAGUAUUCACAGACGCUGAACUGCAUGCUCUUCUCGGAAAUGCAGAGCGUAUCAAAUCUCACGUGAUUGCUCUGCAGGAUUCUAAGUGCAGAACGAGCGACGUACGACAGAUGAAUGACGGUACACUCCUCAUUCGCGGAGAGAAAGUUCCGUCGCGAAAUGUAGGCGGUGUUGGUUUUGUUGUGCACCCAUCUUGUCGAUUCUCACGACAUCCUGUCACCUCGUCUGGCCAUUCUUCGCCUCCGCCCCAAAAACUCAUCAUUAUCAUUAACUGCUACUCACCAACAUCAGCAGCUGAUAAAGCCGAAUCGGACGCGUUCUACGAGGAGCUGAAGGAAGUAAUACGCAACGGAGAAGUCCUUCUACAAAUUCGUUGUCGGAGACCUCAAGGCAAAACUAGGAAAGGCCACAGAAGAGGAAUACAGGAUUGGAAGAUUUGGACUGAGAGACCGGAAUGA